ACUAAUUAAAACUAAAUCAAUUAAGACUUUAACGAUUUUAUUUUUGUUGUUGCUGCGUACGAAACAAACCGAUUCGAUAACAUGGCGGCGAUGACGUCACGCGCCACGAAGCUCGGACAACAACAAAGCACUUUGAACCGGCAAGAACCGCUAAAGCGAAAAUAUUUUGGCAUUAUUAUUAAAAAUUCAGUAUUUUGGCAUUGGCACAGGCCAAAAUACACGCAAUUAACAAGCAAACGCACACUGUUAGAGCGAGCAAGAUGGCAGACAUAUGAGUAUAUGCCGAAAGAGAAAUUCUGCGAUACAUAUAUGUAUUCUAGUCGGCGGAUUCAAUGUGGAUGUGAUUGUUAUAUUUUGUUAUUAGUUCAGCGACGCCACUCGUCAUCAGCCGUCACCCGUAAACGAUGUCCGAAGAUGCCAAGAGUCCAGGACCACGUACGCGGAACAUUAUUGAAAACCAGUUGUUCCGCCGGCAGCGCAGCCUGAAAUUGGAGGCACUGCAGCGCCAGCGGACCUUGGAAUCUGGCGAGGGAGUGGAUGGCCUAGGCCCUGAUUCGGAACCCUUUGAAAAGACGCAUAUCGUCAUAAUCUUUACGGAGAAGGCCAAACUGCGACACUGCCAGGAUGUCGAGAAGAUCAUCCAGGAGUUUGGCAUCCAGACCACCCUGGAGAUUGUUGGGAAAACCGAAAAGUACCUCUACCUGUCGGCCAGCGUGGAUACAUUGCUGCGUUUAGCCGAUGCUGCCGAACUGGAGAAGAUGACCACCACGAACAGCAUGCAGAAGUUCAACCACGGCUGCAUAUCGGACUUCCUUCUGCCGGGAAUGGGCAAAGACCAGAUCCUGCGCUACUGCGAGAUUCCUGUCCUGAUCAAGGACGUCAUCCAGGAUGGCAUUAAGUCUUAUGUGCAAAAGGGCUACAUCGAGGAUAUGUUUCCCCUGCAUGAUAUCCUCUACCUGGAACGCUUUAAUUGGAACCUGAAACGCACCAAGCUGCCCAUCGAGGACAUCCGCAACUACUUCGGUUCUAGCAUAGGCCUUUACUUCGGCUUCAUCGAGUUCUACACAAAGGCUCUGAUCUUCCCUUCUCUUUUUGGAAUACUUCAAUUUGUUUUCGACCUGAAUAUCUCGCUGGUCUGCAGCUUUUAUGUGAUAUGGACCACGAUCUUUCUGGAGCUGUGGAAGCGCAAGUGCGCCGGCUACUCGUACCGCUGGGGCACCAUCGAGAUGAGCAGCCUGGACAAGCCGCGAUCGGCGUACACGGGCCAGAUGAAGCCGGAUCCGAUCACCGGUAAGAUGACGCUCCACUACCCGAUGCGCUACACGUACCUGCAGAUGUACUGCAUCUCGUACCCGGUCGUUCUGGGCUGCGUGGUGGCCGCCGGCUGGUUUGCCCUCUAUCAGUUUCAAAUUGAGGCCGAGGUGCUGGCGGAUUUCGGACCGGACUCCUGGCUGCUCUACGUACCGGUCAUCGUGCAGUCGGUGCUGAUUGCGAUCUUCUCGUGGGCGUACGAGAAGCUGGCCACAUUCCUCACCAACCUGGAGAACCACCGCACGCGAUCGCAGUACGAUCGCCAUCGGGUCAACAAGCUGAUGGUCUUCGAGAUCGUCAACAACUUCUUCUCGCAGUUCUACAUCGCCUUUGUGCUGCAGGAUCUGCGCCAGCUGAAGUACCAGCUGAUGAUGCAGCUGCUCGUUUUCCAGUUACUGUGCAUCGCCCAGGAGAUCGGCAUCCCGCUGCUGGCCGUUUUGCGCCAGAAGUACGCCGAGUUCCGGCAUCGCGAGGUGGCCGAGGAGAAGCUGCGAUCCAUUAGCGACCUGCCGCGCUACGAGCAGUCGUUCUACGAGUCCGGACUUGAUGAAUACCAUUCCACGUACGAGGAUUACCUGCAGGUGUGCAUCCAGUUCGGGUUCGUGGUCCUCUUCGCCGCCGUUGCCCCGUUUGCCGCCAUCGGCGCCUUGCUGAACAACGUCUUUGCCGUGCACAUCGACAUGUGGAAGCUGUGCAACAUCUUCAAGCGGCCAUUUGCGAGGCGGGCCAAGAACAUCGGCGCCUGGCAGUUGGCCUUCGAGUUGCUUUCGGUGAUGGCGCUCCUCAGCAACUGCGGACUGCUCUUCCUCCAACCAAAUGUCAAGGACUUCUUUUCCCACUGGCUGCCCUCGGUGCCGGAUCUUUCGUUUGUGAUCUUCGAGCACUUGCUGCUCGGCUUGAAGUUUCUCAUCCAUAAGGCGAUUCACGAAAGGCCGCGUUGGGUGCGCAUCGCCUUGCUAAAGGCGGACUUUGAGACCAGUCAGGCCCUCAAGCAACUCAAAAAAUUCAAAGCAGAGGCCAAUAAGAUGGCCUGAGGGCCACUGGAUUGCCGGAUCUCCCACUCCUUUUGGUGCUAAUCAAACCAGUCCAUUUUAAAGAUUAUUAUUUAUACACAUACAACUUAGCGCUUUUACUGUGAAUGUUCGAGACAAUCGGAAGAAAGGUGCCUUAAACGUAGAACUUAUAUAAAUGUGUCCACAAACAACUUGA